AUGUCGCUGCUGCUGGAGGAGGCGGAGCGCCGAUUUGAGGCCCGGCUGGCCCUGGCUCAGAGAGAGGCGGAGGCUCAGCUCAGGCAGAUCCAGGCAAAGGCCAAUGUGGCGGAGAUCGAGCUGCGCGUGCAGACGGAGCGAGCGCUGGCCCAGGCAAGGCUACAGGUGGACGAAGCUGAGAGGCGCGAGCAGGAAGCCUGUGCAGAGGCACGCGCUGCCGAGGCGCGCGCCGAUGCUGCGCGGCGCCAAGCCGAGGCCGAGCGCCACCGUGCCGAGGAGAUGAUAGCUUGCGAGCGUCAGGCAAAAGAGGUGGCCUUGCAGGACAUGGCAGAGCGAAUGGAGCGUCUCCAACAGGAUUCAGAUCGGCGCUGCCGGGCGAUGCAAGAAGCUGUCGACCGUGCGAAGGCAGAGGCCAGCCACGCAGUGGCAGAGUGUCAGCGGCUGACAGCUGGUGCACAGCAUCGUGCAGAGCGCAUCGCCAAAAAGUCGCAAGCAGAGGCUGACGACAAAACUCACGCGGCACGUGCCCAGAGUGCUGCGCAGACGGCACAGGCUCAGCGACUGCUGGCCCAGUGUCAGGCCGAGGCACAGGAGAGGACCGAGUGGGCUUUGGCGCGUGCCGAAGCGGCGAGGGCGCCGCUUGCCAGAAGAGCAUCGGAGAGCCAAUUGCUGAAGAAGCUGACCAACAGGAUUUCGGACUUCGAGUCGCAGGUCGCUUCGCAGAUCCAGACCUUGACGCAAGACGUGGACAAGAAGGUGUCCUUUAUGGGCUCCCGCAGACCUGGGGGCGAGGAGGUCCCGGGCGUGGAAAGCCUCGCCCGCGAUGUUGAUGCCGUGAAGUAUGAUGUUGGCGAGUUGAAGGACCUGCUAAAUGGAGCCAAGCACGACACUGACCAUGUGAAACGAAUAGUUCUCGCUUGCGAGAGAGACAUGGAGGAUUUUACAGCUGCGAUGGACGCUGUGAACGUCGACUUAGAUGAGAUGCGUGCCAGAGUCGACUCUACCCACUCCAUCAUCACCUCUCGUCAGCGGGUGGAGGCUACAGUCACAGCUGAGAUCUCGACCAUGCGCUUGGACAUGGGGGACAUGCAGGAGGCAUUGAAAGCGCACGACGCUUGGAUGGAGGACGUCUCACAAAGUCUACAGGAGGCACACGAGCGCUGCCAGCAGAUUGGUCUCGACAUAAACGAUGUAAAUCAGCAGAUGCAGGUGAAGCUGGAUGCCAAGACGGACAUCGUCAGCUGGAACGAUAUGAACGACGACAUUGAUGCUUCCAUCAGAACCGUCAGAGACAUGGCCUCUUCACUGCGCUUCGAGGUAGAUAACAGACGGCGCAGAGUCGACGAGGAACUUGCGCGUCUGCGGUCCGAGAUGACAUCGAUGGAUGAGAGGGUCAUGGCCAAGACUGGUGACAUUCAACGCCAAGCCGAUGAAAAGCACGCGGCCGUAUCUGGUCGGCUGGAGGAAGGUGCGCAGCACCGACGAGAGCUGGAGGCGACGCUGGGACGUCAUGCCGAGACGCACAACCUCAUACAGGGGCAGAUCAAUGGUCAACGGGACGAGCUUGACACGCGCUUGGGCUUCCUCGAGUCCUCCAUGAAGAAGCAGGGCGAGGAGCUCCAGAAGUCUGCGCAUGAUCGGAUGGAUGGUAUGGAGAGGCAUCAGUCGACGAUCGCGAAGGAAAGCGGAAAGCAUCUCAACGCACUGGACCUUCGCAUGGCGGCGCUACAAGGUGCCAGUGGUGAGUCUAAGCGUGACAUCAACAAGAUCCGGGACGAGGUCAACAGUCUAACGGUCAAAAGUGCAGCACACGAUGUGGAUAUUGCCAAGAACAGCGACGACUUGAGAAAGCUCGAACGACAAAAGGCAGAAGAUGGCCAGCGACAGAAGCAGGAGUUUGACGCAAUCUACGAUGAGCUUGACCAGAAAGUGGCUGAGAAGAGCUUCCAGCGCUUGGAGGACGAUGCGUCGAAGCUCACCCGUGGUGUUGUAAAGUUGUGCCAAGUCGUGGGAGUGUUCCCUGGGGCGCGGAUGAACGACGGCACUGAGGAAGAGCUUGAUGUCGACGUUGAGAUGCUGAACUGGGAGGACUGCGCGCAGAACCUCACGCUUCGAGUCGAGAAGACAUGGCGACAGCUUUAUUCGCAGAAGUACCGCAGCAUCUUGGACCUGGUGGGAAAGAAGGCAGACCACUCUGUGCUUCGCUUGCUACAAAUCUCUCAACAGCACAUCGAGAGCCAGCUCGACCGCGUGCGCCAUGAGAGAGAGCUCCUCAAAGAGGUGGUUGAGAGGAGAGCGCAGCAGCCCAUGCCCUUCCCGAUGCCCAUGAAGGACCCCAACACCGGCAUCACAAUGCCGCAAGGCUUGCCUGGCCUACCUUUCAACCCGGCUGCAGGUGGAUUUGCUCACCCAAUGGCCUUUCCUGGCAUGGUACCAGAUGCCGGCACCGCACCAGGCGCAGAGGCUCCGAAGCCUCCGGCAAAGCGUAUAGCUCGUCCACCGGCAGUACAAGGGCAGGCGCCGUCCGUGAAGGCUGCACCCACUCCGCGGGAGUGA